GGUGGUGGCAGUGCUAUUAGCUACAGCAAUUUUCAAACAAAAACAGAUAAAAAAAAAAAAAAAGAGAGAAGGAGAUAGGGAGAAAAGAUGCGGAGAAACCUGUGAUGUGAAACAAAAAGCUUAGAUAAUACACUGCAGCCAAGGAGAAACAAAAUCCAAGGCUCAAAUCCCAAUAAUUUUAAUAAAAAUCUUUCUAAGUUUAUUUUUUUAUUGGUUUUCUUCUCUUUUAACCUCUUGUUUGAUCUCUUUAGCUAUGGAUCCUUUCGAUUUGUUUCGCAAAGGUUUUGGUUAGGGUUUAGUGGAACUCAAGGGUUUAUCCUGUGCACCAAGUUCCUAUUUUCCCUUAUCUAUGUAGAAUCUUUUUUUCAUUUAAGUAAAGAAUGAGCUUAUCGAAGAAAGGGACCCAAAUUAGUGACACAAAACUAAAUACCCCUAGCAAGGUAACAACUUUGAACCCUAAUGCAGCAGAGUUCGUUCCCUUUUCUCUUAGGUCACCAUCUGCAUCAGGAAGCACUAGUGCAGCUGAUGCAACAGCAAGGUGUGCUACUUCUGGGACCAUAGGAAAAGCAGUGCUUGGUCGGUCGGGGUCUUCCAUUUCAAAUAAUUCUGAUGAAGAGGCUCAUCAGUUCUGGCGUCAUCAACUCCCUGAUGACAUUACCCCGGACUUUAAGGUUAUUAAUGAUGAUGAUUCUCAAGGAAUUGGGUCUGUGAGCCUCUCUUUAGCAGGCUUGUCCUUGCAUGAUGGUAGCGAAGCUUCAAGGUUUCCUGCUUCUGCUGGUGGUGGAUAUGUGUUUGGUGAUCAGCAGGAACUACUGCAUCAUUAUGGUAUUGGUAAUAACUUAGCUGAAAAAUUGAGAUAUCCUGCUUCAUCCUAUGGAGAGGAUCCUACUUCAGCCAGUUUUUUGCAUUUGCCAGCCAAAACAUGGGACGGACAACUUGUUAACAGUGACCAGCUACUUGGCAAUGGGAGGGAGGGACAUCCAUAUAAUGGAAAUUCAGGACGUGGAUUUGUCAAUGAUAUGCUGGGUGAGCACACAAUUAUGGAUGAUACUGAAUUGAAUCCUGUGGAUUUUUUGGCUUCUCAAUUCCCUGGAUUUGCUGCCGAAAGCCUUACUGAAGUUUAUUUUGCCAAUGGUUGUGAUUUAAAUCUAACAAUCGAGAUGCUCACUCAGCUUGAGCUUCAAGUUGAUGGUGGUUUCAACCAGAACCUGAACUCAAAGACCUUGUCAGCUCCCAAUCUGAGUGCACUAGAGUUUCCUGCACUUGCUGUGUCAGAUGGUCAGAUUGGUCCUCCAAAAUAUGCAGGAGAUGAUCUUCAGCAUGGUGCCAAUCUUUAUCAAUCUUCUGACAAGGACAAUUUGCUUAUGUUCAAAUCCAGUUCUUCCCUUCCAUCUAGAGGUGCCAUAGAUUUUGCCUCAGCUGUCAGGAAAAUGUCAUCUCAAGAUUCUGGAAUGUGGAAGUAUGAUAGAAAUGGUUCUGCUGAUUCAACCGUUGGUUCAAGUAGAAGUUCUCUUGGGUCAGCUAAUACCUACAGUGCUGCAACUGGGAGAGGGCUUUAUGCUAAUAGGGUGCAGACUCGUGGUUCAGCUCCUGUUUGGCUUGAAACUGGAGAUGCAGUGGCAAAUUUGUACUCUGAGCUGCGGGAAGAAGCUCGAGACCAUGCACGUUUACGUAAUGCAUAUUUUGAACAGGCACAACAAGCAUUUGUCAUUGGUAAUAAAGCUCUGGCAAAGGAACUUAGUGUGAAAGGACAACUGCACAAUAUGCAUAUGAAGGCAGCUCAUGGAAAAGCUCAAGAAUCUAUAUAUCGCCAGAGGAACGCAGUUCCUCUGGAGAAUGUCAGAGGGCAGGAACGAAUGAUAGACCUGCAUGGAUUGCAUGUUAGUGAAGCCAUUCAUAUGCUGAAGCACGAACUAUCAGUUCUGAGGAGCACAGCACGGGCAGCGGAUCAGCGACUGCAGGUUUACAUAUGUGUUGGAACUGGCCACCAUACUAGGGGUUCUCGUACUCCAGCAAGACUUCCAGUUGCUGUACAGCGUUAUCUCCUUGAAGAAGAGUGCCUUGAGUAUACGGAACCACAGCCAGGGUUACUUCGAGUUGUGAUAUAUUGAAGCCAUGGACUUUGACAGCGUUGAGGUAUAGGAGUUUUUUGACAGCACAGAAAAACCUGUCAAGUCUUAGUCACCACCGUCAUUCUUGUAUCUGUACAUGGGAGGAAAUGGAAGAGAAUGUAGUUGAAGUCUGAAAAAAAAGGAAAAAAUCGAAAAAGGGGUUGAAAAAACAAGGAAGCAGAACUGUAUCAUUAAUGUUUAGCCAGAUUACAGCAGCAAUUGCAUUUUGGUAGCAUCAGGCUGACACCAGCCAGCAACUUCUUUUCCCCGUUUUGUUAAUUCUGUAUCUUAAUUUUUACUUUGUUAAAUUCCCUUUUUUGGGGUUAAUUCUCAGAUGUAACUGAUAGAUUUGAAUUACAUGAUAGUGCGGAUUCAUGAAGAGACUCUUGUGCCAAAAA